AUGGCAGCCACACGUUGUUUACCUCACGUCAUGGUCGGAUGGGCAGCGACUCGAGGUGAGGAUCAGGAGGUUCUGGUUCCAAAGCCAUGCACCGCUGCACCGCUGUGGGUGCAUUUUGGAUUUAAGACGAACAGUAAAGUAGAGCCCGGUAACGUGGAGGAAGAGAUAUGUUAA